AUGGUGGAGAUUGUAGUCACGUGGUGGUGAAAUUCUCCCCAUGGCUGCAGUGCCCCGGUCUGAGGCUGCAGUGGGAGCAGGAGCCAUGUAGCACACGCUCAAACCCCACCUCACCCAGCGGCUCAGAGAGCGGGAGGCACAGGCUCAGCGCGGGGGAGACACGGCCGGGGAGAGCAGCCAUGGUCAGGCGUGUGUCCGGAGGGGCAUGUGGUUUCAGAGCUGAGCGGCGGUGCGGAUGGAGCGCAGAGCGCAGAGCGUCUAGAUGCCCAGAGGAGCAGCAGCGGAGUCCCGACUGAGCUCAGCGAGGAGCGCAGAUCCACCACUUUUAUUCUACACACGGUCUGAACUGAACGUACACUCUGGCCGGAUGUUGCGCGCCUCUGCCAGAACUGUGGACAACAGCCGGGACAGCUGAGCUGUGCUCCAAGUGGAUGGCAUAGAAAUCGGUAUAAAAGGUAAAACCAGAACGAGGCCUUUAAAGCUUGAAGACCUUCCAGACCUUCAAGUUCCAGGUCAGAGGAUGGCACUGAGGAAAUAGACUGUGUAAAGUUGCUUGAUCGCUUCAGCAUCGCAGCAAAGAUGCUUCCCAAAGAACACAACAGUGAGGGCAAAGCAGCCAAACUCACCCAAUAUGAGCAGAAGGUCAAAGCUGCCAAGAAAGAGGAGAAAGAGUUACAUUACGUAAAUCCACCGGAUGGAGGAUGGGGCUGGAUGGUGGUUCUUCACUGUUUUCUGGUGAACGUGUUGGUGAUGGGAACCCUGAAGAGCUUCGGGAUUUUCUUCGUAGCUCUGCAGGACGAGUUUGGCGGCUCAGCUGAGAGUAUCAGCUGGAUUGGCUCCAUCAUGUCCAGCCUCAGGCUCUCAGGAGGUCCUCUGGCCUCUGUAGCCUGUGCUAAGCUGGGGAACAGAGUCACCUCCAUCAUGGGAGCCCUGCUGGUCAGCGCAGGCUUCCUCAUCAGCAUCUUUGCUACUAGUGUGGUCUACCUGUACAUCAGCAUGGGGCUGGUAGUAGGUCUUGGAUUUGCACUCCUGUACCAAGCCACGUCUGUUGUAACCGCGACUUAUUUCCGAAAGAGGUUAGCCACAGCGUACUCCAUUGGCCGCUCUGGAAUGGGUUUGACCUUUGCCCUGGCCCCCUUUACUCAGCUGCUCCUGGAUCAGUAUGCCUGGCAAGGAGCUCUGUUGAUUUUGGGUGCACUGAUGUUGAACCUGGUGGCCUCUGGAAUGCUGCUGCGGCCGAUCCACGUCCGCCCUGCUGUCGUCUCCUCUCCCCCGCCGUCGUCCUCCAGUCUCCGCAAAGGUCUGACGGGUUCUCUGAGAGGAACAAAGAAGGAACCUCUUCAGAACGGCCUAAACGUGACUGCGGCCGUGUCUAACGGCGUCGCCAAAACAGACUCCUCCCCUUCCUUUCACACUGAAACACUGAUCAUAGAGAACCCGUCCCUCGGGCAGAAAUCCCUCCAGGCUACAGAACUGACAAGCCUGGUUCAGAACGGUGUAAACGGACUGGACACCGGCCCAGUAAAGGUUUACCCAGAAACUAACGGCAAGUCCGUUGUGGAUUCGUUACUGCAUGAGAAGACUCCGCCCAAAAAAGCCAAAGUUUUGGACUUCUCGCUCUUGAAGAAUCCUUUCUUUUGCAUAUAUACCUGGUCGCUGGUCUUCAGCCAGCUGGCCUACUUUAUCCCCUACUUUCACCUGACAGCAAGAGCCAGGAAUCUGGGCAUUGACCCCAUGGAUGCGUCCUUCAUCAUAUCGGUGGCUGGUAUAACUGAAACCAUGGCUCAGCUGGCCUCUGGCUGGGUGGCAGACAGGAACCUGGUGCAUAAAUACCAUUACCACAAGGCCUAUCUGAUCCUGUGUGGCGUAGUCAACCUGCUGUCCCCACUGGCCACCUCCUACAUCCUGCUCAUGGUCUACGCUGUCUUCUUCGCCAUCUUCUGUGGAGGCUACAUGGCCCUGCUGCUGCCCGUGCUGGUUGACCUGGUGGGCUCUGAUAAGCUGAACAACUCCAUGGGGUUUUCAAUGUUCUUUGUUGGGCUGGGAUGUCUGACAGGUCCUCCUUUAGCAGGUUUCCUGUAUGACUACACCCAAACCUACGACUGCUCCUUCUACCUGGCGGGCGUGUGUUACCUGCUGUCCUCAGUCUCUCUCUUCCUGGAGCCGCUGGCCCAGCGCUGGCAGGCCAGGAAGAAACAGCAGGAGCUGCUGAAUAAAGAGCUGGCGUGGAGUAACGGCUGCUUCGCUUCUGCUCCUCAGAGGAACGGGGUGGUGUAGAGGAGGAGGACACAUCGCUGACACUUCUCUGUCUCUUUGCCUUUUUUUAUGGAGGUUCGUCCUCCAAGACUGAACGUGACCUCAGCUUCAGAGGUGGACUGCAAUAACGCCAGCCUUUUUUGAGGGAAGAAUGUUCUUUUUAACGGCACAGAGAUUAUGACCAACACUGUCUUGAAUGCUUGAAGGCGCCAUACUGGAUACUGGUGAUGGUUCCAGAAGACAGACAGACUGUCAGGUCCGCUCCAGUUAACUUCCAAUAAAGCCAAAAUGAUUUCA